CAUUGAAGUACAAUGGCAACGAAGUUGCGGAGGUUGCGGUGUAGCAACAGUGAAAUGGCCACAAUCAGUGAAGUACACUCAUCCAUUACUUUUUUCGGUGAUAAACUGGAGCAUUAGGAAGGAUAGACAGCGGAGUCUUUACGACGACCGGAGUGGAAUCCGUAAAGCGAAAAGGGAGUGCAACUGACCUGUACAGUCUGGUUGUCUAAUCUACGAGAGUCUACGGCAUUUACGAGAAAUAUAAUGACGAGAAACAUAAUGUAACCGAGAUACGCCUGUGAUAGGCCCAUUUUUUCGUCAUAGAAAAGUGGGCAACGUGUUUGUCCGCUAAAUUUAAGGCUGCAUGGUGGUCUAUGUUCAAAUUCUGGCGUAGACAAGCUUCGUUUCACAUUGGGAGCAAAUAAUCCGAUGUAGCAUCUGGUAAAAAAGGGAGGGUGUAAGAAAUGACAAACAUUUUUAGUGUAACAGAGAUAGAGGAGCACCUGAGUUGUAGAUAGAAGAGACACGAAUAAUAGCAGUGGCGUCAAGUGAGUACCAGGCAAAUAUGGAUUAAAGGCAUACAGAACAGAACUUGGCUAGCAUGUGAAAAGCUUUCAAGCAAUUUAACCUACCAGGCUCGGGAUAGCAGCACGGAUAAAACAACCGCAAACGUCUUUCAAGACACUAUGCAGCUUCAAAAUGGAUACUGCAUCAUCGGCUGAAUCAUCGUCUGCUUGACUUCGUGUUUAUUGCCAAGCUACAUUACAAUCUUACACUAUCAACAGUUCACAAGUACUGUUAACUAAACGAAACCAGCAAACGGGCACUUAGCCUUACAAAUGACCCGUCCAACGUUAGACGCGCAUCCACAACACUGAGCGAAUAACGUUUGAUACAGCAGGGCGCGAGGAUUCGUAAGCCUUUUAGGACGCAGGCAUGCCUUACGGGAAAAUAUCAAGGUUCAGCCUCCUGAAACCAUGUUAAAAUGAGUUAUCUUUGGCUGGAAGCAGAACCACCGAACCCUAGAACAUAAAUCCCAUUCAAGGUGCACCUAAACAAGUAAACCAACGUGCCUGGAUUAAACGGACAGCUUCGGCCUAACAACUUGAAAUCACUGUCAAUGGAAAUCAGCUCUGAAAUAUAGGAAGAUGGCAGUGUCAUAUUCAUCGAUGGAUGCAUCUGUCAUGGAUCAUUCAGGGGGAAUAGGUGCUAUGCCCGCCGGGGCACCCGUUAACCAUGUUGGGGGCCACGUUCCUUCAAUGGGACCACCACCACCACCUCCUAGCCAACAACAAGUGCAGCAAAAUCCGCCCCCACCUGUCGGCAGCGUAGCCCCCCUGGCAGCACCGACGUCAGCAGAUGCCUGCUUAUCAAUUGUGCAUAGCCUUAUGUGUCAUCGGCAAGGGGGCGAAAGUGAAUCAUUUGCUAAGAGAGCGAUCGAGUCAUUGGUGAAAAAGCUCAAAGAAAAACGGGACGAGUUAGACUCGCUCAUCACAGCAAUCACCACCAAUGGGGCACACCCAUCGAAAUGUGUCACGAUACAGCGGACGCUUGAUGGCAGAUUGCAGGUCGCUGGCCGGAAAGGCUUCCCACAUGCGGUUUAUGCACGGAUAUGGCGUUGGCCUGAUCUGCAUAAAAACGAGUUGAAACAUUUGAAAUGCUGCCAGUAUGCGUUUGAUCUAAAAGCCGACUGGGUUUGCGUAAAUCCCUAUCAUUACGAAAGGGUGGUUUCUCCAGGCUUGGAUUUAUCUUCCCUGUCACUGCAAGCACCCUCAUCGUCAGCGGGUACCCCCGAGUCAGGACACGGAAGACACGGAUUACAUCACGAUGAUGAUAUGGUCAAGAACCAAUAUUACGGUGCAGAUAUGGGAAGUGGCUACAUGGCUGGUCAGGAGAGCCAGCAACAGCAGCAGCAGCAGCAGCAACAGCAGCAGCAGCAGCAGCGGCAAAACCCUUUCUUGUUAGCGUCUGGUCGCCCAGCCACAUCUACUUCGAGCGGUCACAGCGGGUGGGGCCCCACGCUAGGAUCAGCGUCCGGAGCAAGUACUCUUCAGUACACCGGUGGGAGUACCCUUCAGUAUACUCCUCUAGAUCAGUCCUCAGCUUCCCAACAACAACCUCAACAACAAUAUUGGGGAACACAGAGCGGCCAAGCUUUAAACCCUGCACCAUUACUGAGUUCGCAACCAGCCCCGGAGUUUUGGUGCAGUAUUGCCUACUUCGAAUUCGAUCAGCAGGUUGGUGAUACGUUUAAAACAUCGUCGAUGUCGAAGCAUGUUCUUGUAGAUGGAUUCGUAGAUCCCGCUGGGGGCAACAGAUUCUGCCUUGGAGCUCUCUCAAAUGUACACCGGACUGAAGUAUCAGAAAGGGCGAGGUUGCACAUUGGCAAGGGUGUUCAGCUUGACGUUAAAGGCGAAGGUGAUGUCUACCUAAGGUGUCUCUCAGAGCAUGCUGUAUUUGUUCAGAGCUUCUUCCUCGACCGCGAAGCGGGACGCCAGCCAGGAGAUGCUGUUCACAAAAUCUAUCCGGGUGCAUGCACAAAGGUGUUUGACUUGGCUCAGUGCUAUGCGGAGAUGCGAACCCAGGCACAAAAUGCGCAGGCGGCCGCAGCAGCUCAAGCGGUUGCCGUCGCUGGUCAUUUGACCGGGAGCGGACCUCCCCCACCGGUCGGGGGGAGUUUAGCUCCGGCCAUCUCAUUGUCGGCUGCCGCUGGCGUCGGCGUCGACGAUCUCCGCCGACUCUGCAUCCUCCGAUUGAGCUUCGUUAAAGGCUGGGGUCCCGACUAUCGGCGCGCUACGAUUAAAGAGACUCCGUGUUGGCUCGAAGUUCACCUACAUCGCGCUCUACAGUUGCUAGACGAGGUGUUACAUAGCAUCCCACAACAUCCGACAAACGAGUAGGGGCAGCUAGAAGAAGGGGCCGAAAGAGAAGGAAAAAGGGGCAUGGGGUUUAGAGAAGCAAGGGACACGGUGGGACACAGGCGAAAUAGAAUGAAAUCGAAUUCACGUAUGUCUACGUAGAUUUUUCGGCACGGCCUCGUACAGCGACCAAGAUACUUCGGUAUUCGUAUUUGCUUCUCAUUCCAGUUAAUAGAGAUUGUUUUGAAGAGCUGUAAAAAGUUAAUUAAUGUUGUAAAUAUUGAACGAAGCAACAGAGACGCCUGAAAAAACCUACGAUUUAUGCUUGGCUUUUCCCAUUUGAGAUCACUGCAUGAAUCAGAAUUCUCAAUUGAGAACACAUUAAUUGAAGAAGCUCUUUUUACGUAGCCUUAAAACAUAACGUAGUUGCUUUUUCAGGCUGAGUCUUCUAGCACAUUAUCGAAAUACAUGAAGUGUUAAAUUGCUGGCCAACAUAAUGUAUAUUUAUAAAAGAUCAUUGUUCCCAACUUUGUCCAUAUAUUGGUGGUAACUUUCACCUAGAAAUGCUGUUACGCGUAAUCGGUCUCCGCAUAAUAGUUACAAUCUGUCUACUGUGGACUAGUAAUAUUUCGACACGGAUUAACCUGUCGCGUUAAAAAAAUUUCGCUAAUAAAAAAAAUUCUACUUCCUCUUUCGGUCUAUGAAACUAUCUAAUACUCAUUGGCCGAAUCGUGCGUGAUUUAACUGAUGGUGUCAUUUGUCUUCGAAUUUUAAGUGUUUGUCUAAAAAAAAAAAUGAUUUCUACAAUGAUCCCCAAUACACACUUCAGCUCCACUGGCCCAUGGAAUUGGCGAUACAUAGGUUAUUAUAAGUAUUACAAGAUCAGGACAUCGCAAGCACAAAAAAAUUCGUGUGUGGCCUAAGAUAUUUCUCUAGUUUUGUAAUCUAUAGCGGAUCAGAUACACAUGUAUAUACUAUAAUUGUCAAUGGCGGAAAUAAUGUUUCUGGGUAGCAGGCCUCCCAACAGUGAAUGCUCAAUUGUAUCGACUUUGAAGAUACUGGUGGCAGCGAUAAUGAAUAUUAUAUUUACUGCAAUUAUAUAGGAACGUGUAUAUAUAUUUAGGCAGUGGAGUUAUACAUUUAUAUAGAUUAUUCGACCACCUGUAUUUGUGUGUGUUUAUCAUAUUAGCGUCUGACUGAGCGGAGAAAUAAUGGAAGUACCCGUUGGACUAAUGAAUAUAGUUCAACGAGUAAUUUUUUAUUUCCCGUCGUUGUUGUCGGGGAAUGGUCUAAUCCGUCGCUUAUAAUUUAUAUUUUAAAUGUAAU